AUGCCGGAUUCUUCGCGCCCCCUUGGCGCCGCGACCCUGCAGUUCUGUACGGGCCGCUCUAUGUCAUCAUUCGUUGGCCUGUCUUUGAUACUCACCGCUCAAUUCUCCACUAUUCAUGUGCGAGCGAAGGAGGGCCCCGGUACACUGCAGACUCAUGGCUCGAACAUAUUUAGUUGUUCUCCCCACAAUGGGGACCCCGAUAGUGCUGAGGCCGCGGUGACGCUCAGUCCGGAGAGUCCCAUGAUGUCGUUGGAGUGCUCAGACGGAGGCGAGUUUAUGCCUCGCUACGGGACGCUCUCUACACUGCUCGACGUGUGCAAGUCGUCCGCGACAAAUAAAAAAGAGUGUGAAACAUCUCGUGCCGCACUCACAGACUUUGUCCCCAAGGCAGAGAGGCAGUGGUAUUCGACAAUCCAAAUCCUCAACGAGCAGAAAAAACCGAACGGAUACAAGUACACAUUCCAGGUUCCAGAUGAAGGCUUCCCCCCAGUCCGGACACAAUACAAAUUUGGGUGUCAAUACGAAACUGGCGAAUAUUGUAUGCUCACCGCUACGGUUGAGCCUGCAUCGACGCGCGCAGGUAGUCAGACGGCAACGUGUGUGUACCUGGAGGAUGGUCCUGCAAAUUUUCAGCUAAAUAUGACACAAUCUCAUAAUGCCAUAACUGUUGCGUGUGGUAAACUCAGUGUCCCUUUGCCAGAGAAGCAUCAUUUUGAGUACUGUUCUGGAAAUUCUGUGGAGCCAGAGCGAUGUGUGCCGAAGCCGAUGACAGACAUCCUCCCUCGGUACCGCCCUGUUUAUUGGACUGGCACCAAGCAAUCCGUGGAAGGAGCAGUCUUCGAGAUUCCUGAGGAGGACUUCCCCUCGAAGCCUGUAUCGUUCCGUAUCGGGUGCUCACGCUACGAUGGUGCGGGUCCGUACUGCAAUAUCAAAGUCAACGUGGCUGCCGCGGCCACGACAACGGAAAGAACAACUCUUGAGGCACCCCGGGGGCAGGUCACGCCGCCGCGUGGAGGAGGCAGUGUCACUUGUAGCGGAACUUUCUCACUCGGGUUGGUGGUCCUAGGAGUUCUACUCGCGGUAUGA